AUGUUUCAUCUUUUGACAAUAGAACCAGCACUUUUCGAAGACCUAAUUGAAGUUGAAGCUGGUAUACAGUGGUCAAAAUUAAUUGACUAUCUUGUUGAAACACAAAAAUAUGUAUCCUGGACACAACAGUGGGAUAUUGCUCAAAAGCAAGCGGCUGCAGACCGAUUUUCAAUUGAUGGAACGUUGGCAUGUAAUGCUCAUAGUCGAGGCUUGAAAAUGCAACCUAUUGUUGGUGAUGUUGAGUCCUUUACUCUAAUUGAUGCACAAACUAAUUUUCUCAGGUGCAGUCGCCAAGAAAAUGAAGAACUGAUUGGACUGAUCAUUGGUAGUUAUGGCUUAUUUGGUGUCAUUUAUUCGGUAAUAUUGCGUUUAACAUCCCAGCAAAAAAUAGAACUUGUGGUAGAAGUUAUCACAGUUGACAACCUAUCGGAAGCUUUUGAACAGAGUAUUCAAGCUGGUUUUCUCUAUGGUGACUUUCAAUUUUCUACUGGUGAGAAAUUGAACGACUUCUUAUAUCGUGGUGUUUUCUUCUGUUAUCGACCAGUUGACCCUAGCACUGAAAUUGUCGAAGGUGAAAAAGAACUUUCCAAAGAGCAUUGUGACAAUCUCUAUUAUCUUUCACAUGCUGAUAAGGCUGAAGGAUUUCGUCAAUAUGCUACCUAUUACUUAUCGACAUCUGGUCAAAUUUAUGCAUCUGAUACUGAUCAGUUAAGUAUCUAUCUCGAUGAUUAUCACCACAAACUUGAUCAUCGUCUUGGUUUAGAAGAAUAG